GGAGGACGGUGAUCCCGACGAGCAUCGCGGAGCUGAAGGCGUACCUCGCCAGCAGCGAGACCCUCAUCGUCAACCUCAACACGACGUACGACUUCACGGACGCCGAGGGCUACAACACGACGACGGGCUGCUGGUACAGCGAGUGCGCCGAUAGCAACGCGGGCCAGAAGGCCCUGCCCCUGUACAACGCGUGCUCCGGGAAGACGAGCACGUCGGUCACGUACUCCGUGGCGGGGUCCAGGACGCUCGAGCUGCUGGUGGCCUCCAACAAGACGGUGAGGAGCACGAACGGGCUCGGAGUCAUCAAGGGGAAGGGCCUGCGGCUGACGGGCUCCAGCAACGUCAUCAUCCGGGACAUCACCAUCAGCGACAUCAACCCUCAGGUCAUUUGGGGAGGAGAUGCAAUCGUGUUUAACAAGGCAACCAACAUUUGGAUUCACAAGUGCACAAUCCGGAACAUCGGGCGGCAGCACCUCGUCUCGUACGUGCAGGAGAACACGGGCAUCACCGUGUCCUCGUGCCUGUUCGACGGCACCACGGACUACUCGGCCUACUGCGACGGCACCCACUACUGGCUGUGGCUCUUCUGGGGCACCCGCGACGAGGUCACGCUCAUCAACAACCGCGUCGUCAACGUGUCCGGGAGGACGCCGCACGCGGGCGGCGAGAGCUCCUCGGACAAAAGCCUGAUCCACUUGGUCGGCAACGAGAUGGACACCAACCCCCACCUCGGCAUCCAGUCGCAGGUCGGCGGCUACAUCCUCGCCGAGGGCAACAAGUUCAUCAAUUACUCGAACCCCGUGGCCGCGAGCGCCACCGGUGGCUACCUGGCCAUGGUCAACACGGCCGCCCAGGCGGCCGCCUGCAGCUCCUACUUCGGCGAGAACUGCACGGCCAACGCGUACGAGAGCACCACCGCGCCCACCCGCUGGGACCUGACCGUGCUCAACCAGUUCCAGUUCCUGGACAGGGCGGCCGUCAACGGCGCGCGCGCGGCCGUGUGCGAAGUGUGAGGCAGCAGCAGACAAGGAGGGAAGUACUUUACCGUCAUGAAGCACAGGACGACUCACUUAGGAAUUUUAAAGUCCGAAAUGUAUACAAAGUGGUUUGAAAAAGAAUCAUUUUAAGGAAAA